UUCAAGAUGGAUGGAAUCACAGCGGCAGCGGCGGCUGCGGCGCGCGCGAGCCGAGUGUGAGCGGAAAGGGGCCUGGCGUCUGCCUCGGGGCUGGAGACCGGUGAGUAACUGUCACGCCCCUCGCCCUAGAAGAACUGCUGGACCCCGCGGGAGGCCACAGCCUCCUCGCCAAACGCGGCCUUUCCUGACGUAACUCUGAGGCUGGCCGGCGAUGGAGGGGCUGCUGCACUACAUCAACCCGGCGCACGCCAUCUCGCUCCUCAGCGCGCUCAACGAGGAGCGCCUCAAGGGGCAGCUGUGUGACGUGCUGCUCAUCGUUGGAGACCAGAAAUUCCGAGCUCACAAAAAUGUCUUGGCUGCCAGCAGCGAAUACUUCCAGAGUUUAUUCACAAAUAAGGAGAAUGAGUCACAGACCGUAUUUCAGCUUGAUUUUUGUGAACCAGAUGCUUUUGAUAAUGUUCUGAACUACAUUUACUCUUCAUCUUUAUUUGUCGAGAAAAGUAGUCUCGCUGCCGUACAGGAGCUGGGCUACAGCCUCGGGAUUUCCUUCCUCACGAACAUCGUCUCGAAAACCCCGCAAGCCCCGUUCCCGACGUGUCCCAACAGGAAGAAAGUAUUCAUAGACGAUGAUGAAAACAGUUCUCAGAAGAGAAGCGUCAUCGUUUGUCAAAGCAGAAACGAAGCACAGGGCAAAACUGUCGGCCAGAGCCAGCCCGAGCCGAGCCACCCUUCGCGGCCCUCCCCCGGCCUCAGCGGCAAGACCAGCACCGCCAAGCCCCACGUCCCAAAGCCGGUGGGAGCGCCUCACACGUUGUCAGUAGCCGAGAAGAGCUGGCCCAAGGAUGGUUCCGUGGGCUACGCGCAGUCUCUCGAGCAUUCUGGGCCCCUGGACGAUCCUCGCCGGAGCAGCCUGGUGAAGAGGAGCGCGGCGCUGCCUUCCAAGCCUCUGCCGGACAGAGAGGCGGCAGACGAGGAGCCGGGCCUGAGCGGCCAGCUUCCCAGAGGGAAAGCCGUAGAGCUGGCCUUGAAGAGACCACGACCGCCCAUCCUGUCUCUCCGAAGCUCGUCGGAGGCCCCCUACGUGUUGAAGGAGACUGGCAAAGGAGGCGGUGCAGGCGAAGACAGAAACCUGCUGUACUACUCCAAGCUGGGGCUGGGGGUCCCGUCGGGCGGCUCCGGCUCCGGAAAGCAAGGCAUCGACAGGAGCGGCCCGCUGGUGAAGAGCCUCCUCAGACGGUCGCUGUCCAUGGACAGCCAGGUGCCGGUCUACUCGCCCUCCAUGGACCUGAAGUCUUCCCAGGGACCGUCCGCAGCGUCCGGGGAGGCGCCCACCAGCGUGUUCUGUGCUGUCUCUCAAAAGCCCCCUUUGAAAGAGUGCGGCGACAAGUCCGCCCUGGACGACCGGCCUCCGGCGCCCCAGCCACACCGCCUCAGAUCCUUCAGUGCCUCUCAGCCCACGGACAGGGAGGGCGAGCCCGCCGCGACCGAGGUGCGCGUCAAGACGGAGCCCCGCAGCCCGCUGGCGGACCCCUCCGACAUCAUCCGGGUCACCGUGGGAGACCCGUCGGCCAUGUCAUCCGUCACGAGAGACCUCUCCCUGAAGACCGAAGGCGACCAAAAAGACAUGAGCAGGCUCCCGGCCAAAAGGAGGUUCCAGGCGGACCGAAGACUGCCGCUUAAGAAGGUAAAGGAGGGCGAGCACGGGUCUCCGGUGUCCGAACAGAACUUGGAGGAGGGCUCGGGCCCUCCUCUCCCUGAUGCCGAGUUUCCAGAUUCUGACUUGAAUAAAGAGGAAUUUGGUGAGUUGGAGGGAACGAGACCAAACAAAAAGUUUAAAUGCAAACACUGCCUUAAGAUCUUUAGGUCCACAGCAGGCCUUCACCGGCACACUAACAUGUACCACAACCCAGAGAAGCCCUAUGCUUGCGACAUCUGCCACAAGCGCUUUCACACGAACUUCAAGGUGUGGACGCACUGCCAGACCCAGCACGGCGUGGUGCGGAACCCGUCGCCGGCCUCCAGCUCACACGCCGUGCUGGACGAGAAGUUCCAGAGAAAGCUCAUUGACAUAGUGAGAGAGAGAGAGAUUAAGAAGGCCCUGAUCAUUAAGCUGAGGCGCUGCAAGCCCGCCUUUCAGGCGCAGAGUAGCUCCCAGGCCCAAGCCAUCAAGAGGAACUUGCGGUCGCGAGCCAAAGGUGCCUACAUCUGCACUUACUGUGGAAAGGCCUACCGCUUUCUCUCGCAGUUCAAGCAGCACAUAAAGAUGCACCCGGGAGAAAAGCCCGUUGGCCUCAGUAGGGCCGCUAAGCCCAAAGAGCAUGUUUCUCUUGGGAGCCCGGUAGAGAACAAGGAGGUUUACCACUGCCGCCUCUGUAAUGCUAAGCUCUCUUCUCUUCUAGAGCAAGGAAGCCACGAGCGGCUGUGCCGAAACGCAACCGUUUGCCCCUACUGCAGCCUUAGGUUUUUCUCGCCCGAGCUCAAGCGGGAGCACGAGGGCAAGUGCGAGUACAAGAAGCUGACGUGCCUCGAGUGCAUGCGCACCUUCAAGUCCUCCUUCAGCAUCUGGCGGCACCAGGUCGAGGUCCACAACCAGAACACGAUGGCGCCGGCCGAGCACGCCUCCCCACCCGGCCUGGACCACAACGGCGACGCGGCCGCCCGGCCCCACGCCCAGGCCGAGCCUCAGAAGGCCAACCACGCGGUCACCGCCAAGGACGACGCCGCGUCCAGCGACUGCUCCGAGCAGGUGAACUUCGAUUCCGAGGACUCUUCCUGUCUCCCCGAAGACCUCAGCCUUUCGAAGCAACUGAGAAUCCACGUCAAGGAGGAGCCCGCCGAGGAGCCCGAGGAGGAGGCGCCCGAGGCCCGCGGGGCCGCCAAGGACGCGGGCCCCAGCAAGGACAGCAGCCUGUGGCCGUGCGAGAAGUGCGGCAAGACGUUCACGGCGCACAAGCAGCUGGAGCGGCACCAGGAGCUGCUGUGCUCCGUGAAGCCCUUCAUCUGCCACGUGUGCAGCAAGGCCUUUCGCACCAACUUCCGCCUCUGGAGCCACUUCCAGUCCCACAUGUCCCAGGCCGCCGAGGAGCCCACGCACAAGGACCCCGAGGCCUGCCCGCUCCCCACAAACUCUCCGUCCCCGCCCCCUCUGCCCCCACCCCCACCGCUGCCCAAGAUCCAGCCUCUGGAGCCCGACAGCCCAACGGGCGCGGCCGAGAGCCCCGCCCCGGCCACCGAGAAGCUCUUUGUGCCCCAAGAGUCUGACACGCUUUUCUACCAUGCCCCGCCCCUCUCGGCAAUCACAUUUAAGAGACAGUUCAUGUGCAAACUGUGCCACAGGACAUUCAAGACGGCCUUCAGUCUUUGGAGUCACGAACAAAGCCACAACUGAGGUGAUGUCCCUCCUCACCCCUUACGGAGCCGGAGGCGGCCUCCACAUUUCAACCCAGAUUGUAAGAAACAAAAUAUUUUUUGAAGAAAGAGAAUAAUAAAGGUUGGAAAUUGUUAGGCUUGAAUAGAAGCUUGAGGUAAAUGAUAUUAACUAGCAGAGGCCUCACUUGGCUUAGAAAAACCCAACUGCAUUGUGCUUCGGACCUCACAGCCACACGAUGGCCUGACUUCAUUCACCACUGUCGAAAUGUGAUGGAUCUGAUUGUUUGCACGGUUCCUCAUCCCACGGGGUCCCUCUACUCUUUUGCUGGAGGCAGUUUUGGUUUUUUACCGAUUUGCAGUCCGUGAAAUACUCGCGUCAGACACCUCAGUUCUAGUUCCAUCUCAGCCAUGGCCUGAAGUCCGCAGCGUAGCAGGAGGAAGAGCAGUAGUUUGCGGUGUUGACUUAGAUCUUAGGAUACUUUAGCAAUAAAACAAUAAGCCUCAACUGUAAUAAGUUAUCCUGACACUUGAUGACAAUAAAUAUUUGGUAUUUUGUGGUCACGUGGACAUUUUUUGGUAUGAAAGUUGUGAGGAAUUUAAAUCAGCAAUAGUAAUAGUUAGAUUUUUAUAAAAUAACAGAAACUUGCUUUUGGGCCACUUCCUGUAGGUAAGGAUGGAAGACUGGGGAGAUGAAACUCGAGGGUUUCUGGAAGGCCUCCCAAGUUUACAGGAGCUUCAGUAGCACUAGGCGUUGUGGUCACAGUCGCUGCCCCGAGCCGUGUGCGCGCACGUCCCCGCUCCAUGCCAACCGGCGUGCGGGGCGCUCUGGGUGUCGCAUCCUGACCUCACGCUGCCACAGAGGGAAAACCCGAGUGACUUGGGGACAGAACACAGGUGGCACGAGGUGCUCACUGAUGUUGGAUUUAACCACGUGAGUGUGACACAUGAGGUCAGGACGCACGUUUGCACACACGGAGCCCGGGCCCCCAGAGUCAGUACCGGGCAGCCGCUCCCCACCCGGAGUUGGCGUUGGCUUCCAGCACCGGGAAGCCAGGGAAACUCCACGGGGGGCCAGCGCCCCGGAGAGCAGUGCUGCCGGCUGGAGUUUAUCGGGUCCUUCCACUCUGACCCGCUGCGUCAGUGGUAUUGAAAGCGCUAUCGAGGGUCCAAAAUGAGACUUUGCUACCUAUUUUGGCCCAUAGGGUUUGGGCUGCUUUUCUUUUUUCUUUUUUUUCCUUUUUCCUAUUUUGUAUAAGUUGUAAUUAAAAGGCUUUUGGUGGGUGCCACGUGAAGUCCAGUGGGCAUGGCUAAAGAGAAAACGGCGACUCACCCACAGGAGCGAGGGGAGGUUAAGUUCAAGUGGGAAUACUGUUGAAACUGCAAAAUCUGUGUCCGGUAGUGCUGUGGAGGAAGACUCCCAAGUUUAUUCAUUUCUUUUUUUGCAAGCUGUUCUUCCAAAUAAAAAAGGAGACCGUGACUAAGAAGUAAUUUGCUGAGUGUCGAACCGUAUCCUGCGGCCACAGAGAAGAUUCCUGGGCUGGGUCUCGUCACCCACAUUCCGUACCAGCGGUAGGAAGGAUGCCUCGCUUUUUAUUGAAACACAAACAUUUCUAUAAAAUAGUAACUGACUUUGUAGGUUCGAGAAAUUGCAUAUGAAAUUUUGUCUUUUUUUUUUAAUUUCCACUUGAAAAGUAUCACGAGUCCCAAAGUCUUUUUGAGUGGUCACUUCCAAUUUUUGUUCUUACUUAAAUUUGAUGGAGAAAGGAAAAUAAAAUGAAGUCACAGUUACCGAAGGCUGCCCUCUUUAUCCUUUCUUGAAGAAAUCUAUGCAUUUGAAAGCAGCCAUUGGUGCUGAUGACGGUAGAAGCUGGGAGACCAGAAUAAGCCCCUUCUUCCUGGACGCGGGGUGAUUUUCCUCUACGGGCCAGCGAUCCGUGCGGGUGAGACCAACGAGAAGCCAAUAGUCUGAAGUAGGCCUUUGUUCCCUGUGUGUGUGUGUGGGUGUGUGUGUGUGUGUGUGUGUACCCAACCAGAAUCCAGAACCUUGGCACUAGGAAAGGUAUUUGAAUUUUUCUACUACAAAAAUAAUUAGAUUUCAUGCAUAACAGGUUCUUUAUAAAUUGCACUAAUUCAUAUUGGAACCUUCCAGGUCCGUUUUGUCAUGGUCAAUUUCUGAAGUCUCAUCAAUGUUUUAUGUAAUAAUUGUGAAAAGCAUUAUUAUUUAAAUAAUGCUAAUACAUUUAAUAAGUUCUUUAACACUGGCUUUAUUUUAUUUUAUUUUUAGUCUAAAAAAUCGGGUUUUCUUUUGUGGCUGUAGCACUUUAAGAGAUUUUACGUCUCCCUAAUUUUCAGCGCGCUGGCUCGUGCUUCUCCGCAGGCUGCAGGCUCCGGCGAGCAGGGACAGCGGUCGCGCCCGCCUGCUGGGGGAGGAGACCUGGGCGAAUGCCCUGUUUCUAAAGAAAUCCCUUUCAGAGACCGUCAUUUGGGAACCAAAGUAUUUUACUGUAAAUCUUGGAAAUAAAUGCUUUCAGCGCUCCCUCAUCAUUUAUUAGUGCUGUUCUCAAAUUGUCCACAAAGUUCUUGGUUAAUAGUCAUUUUCAAAGGUGAUGAUUUCUUACUGACAUUAACCCAAUGCUUAAAACGUUUUCAUUGAAUAAAUUCUUGUUAAGCAAAUAUGGCCAUAUGCAAAUUGCGUGUAUUUUGUUGUCAAAUGCCUUAGCAGACUAAAUAAUUAUUCAAUUUUAUUUAGGAAUGAGCUUUUUGGAACUGAAAAUUCAUGUUAAAAUGGGAUUUCUAUCUAACGUUAAUCGUUGCUUUUUUUUUUUUUUUGUAUCCAAUUCCGUUGUCUGUUUCCUUUGCUUAAAUCUUGACUAAGAAUGAUUGGAGUCAAUAAAUUUGUACUGUAUUUUGUUUGG